UCAGAGCGAACAAGUGUAGCUUUCGGCUCCUCAACUCAGCGACAUACAUAGUGCUCCCCUCUACGUUUUAUUACAUGUGCGACUAGCAUAUGCCCCAGGCAAUUCCGGCCCGACCAUGGCUACCACCGCACUAACCAAAUCGGGAGGAGGCUGAAGAGCAGGGGGAACGAUGGAUGGACUGAUGGCGAUGACAAGUCAGACGGACCGCGUGAUAGUGAUAACUCGGUGAGUCGGGUCAUUCUACUCCCAUCUUCUUCCUUCUGCCACUAUUCUCAGCCCCUCUCCGACUUUAUCUUCAGCUUCUCUCUCAUUUUCAUGCAUCGAUGCCCAACCCAGAGGUGUCGGGGCUCUGGUGCUGCUUUCGAAGGCGAGGACGGCGCAGUCGCGUCCGGGAUGUCGAAGAAGCGGUCAUCCCGGACGAACGUACGCGUCUGAUGAACAACCAAUCUGACUCCGAUGCGAUGUAGACCUGGGCCAUCGGGGGAUUGUGUUGCUGCCCAGAGCGCGCUCAAUGAACGGCUCGAAAGGAUUGUCCGUGCGAAGGAGAGCAAAAUGGUGAACAUAGCCUCUCGGGCGCCGUUCGACAUAUGCGAGGUGUCGGAGUCUGAUGAGGGCGCGACGCCAGUCCCGGAAGUGCUAGAAGCUCCGACAGCCCCAGACACCGAUGGUCAUGUCCAUCAAGUGGAUCCCGUGGUCUCACUGACUGCGGUUUCGCGGCCGGGCCCGCCACCCGCAAGCCACAUCAACCGCCGGCCACCUAUUCUUACGAUGACACCCGCGCAUUCCCAGACGAGCAUCCUCUCACCGCAUUACUCAGCCCCACGCACCGCCACUACCGAAGACAGCCGGUCGCUGAGUCGCGGCUCGUCAAGAUCCUCCUCGCGCAAGCGAUACGUUACAGCCUUCUACAGAUUCCCAGUGCCAUCUGCGUCUGAUGCAGCUCUUCAUAGUCGGGGCUUCCCCGAAAAUGUGUCGAGAGUUUCGCUUGAUUCGCUAGCUGACGAGCAUUUCAACCACACACCGCGACCGGCUGCGGCUGCGGAGGCCCAGUCUCACUCGGGAAUCACGCUUGAAUGGUAGACCUGAUCCCUUCUCCGCCGCGACCUUCUUGUUUUAUUUUCACACACGUUCACUUUAUAAGGACCUCAGUUCACACGUUUGUAAUCCAUAAAGUAAAGGACUGGACACAUAAGUACGAAACACUUGACGAUGUAACCCUACUCUAUCUCGCUCACUCCAUCAUUUAACCCUCCGUCAAUAAAGAAGUUAUUUUCCGGACGCUUCUGCGAUACACGGUUGACCUAAGCGCAACCUAACUGAAGCAGCCGCUCG